UUCUGAGAAAGCAACAGCUUCGUUGUGCGCACCAGGAGCCGCAGAACAUAUAUAAGCGGACAGAAGUCAACAGCAAAGUGCAGUCUGUUAUCAACACCAGCAUCAUGAACAAGUAUCUGGUGGUCCUCGCCGUGCUCCUGGUCGCCGCCAUGUGCGUCUCGCCACUUUGGGCCAGCGCUGUACCUGAUCACCACGGAGGCCCCCAGCACUCGCAGCACCAUGGUGGUGGAUCCCAGCACCAUGGUGGUGGAUCCCAGCACCACGGUGGCCCAGGACAGCACCAAGGAGGUGGCCCAGGGCAGCACCAAGGCGGCGCCGGCCACCACGACUCCCACGGAGGUGUGGGGCACCAUGGCUGAUAGGACUUUGGUUCUGCUCUGCUUCUACCUCUUCAGCAGUGUUGCAACAUUCUUCUGAGGACAGCUCUAUCUAUUCAGUGUAACCAACUUUUACGUCAAGCAUGCUUGGUAAAUAAAAAGUCUCCAGUCAUUUAAAACGGGUGCAAAUUUUUUCAGCUCUAAAAUUACAAAACAUUUCGCGAACUGUUAAGUCUGUAAAACUUCUCUUGUGUAACACUAAGUUUAGAGAACCAAACAACGGCGUCACCAAAUCGAAUAUUAAAUCACAGUUGAAUAAAUAUUUAAAAACAUA